GGCAGCACACGCUAUGAAAACUCAUUCAUCACGAGCUGUAUCCUUAUCAAGCUGAAGCUAGCCGUUAGCUCCGCGCGCUAACUAGAGAUAUGUGUUGCAAACGAUAAGUCGGUUGUAGCGUCACCCGUCACCCGUGCAGCUGUAUCUAUCUAGCCGUAAUACCAGCUGAUAAAUAUUUCUACCUUGUACGACACUUUCCUGCCUGCUGUACUGGGAACUGAACGUCUCGUGUUAUGGGAGAUACACGGAGGUCAGACGAGCUGUGGGCUGUCAACAGUAAAAAUGUCCGAGUAAAACGAGCCCACCGCCGCUUUGACAGCUGUUUGUUGAUAUUGUAGCACUGAUCAACUUGAAAGUGAAUCAUGCCUGGGAAACUGAAGGCCAAAAUUGUGGCAGGUCGCCACUUGCCUGUGAUGGACAGAGCCAGUGAUCUUACUGAUGCUUUUGUAGAGGUUAAGUUUGGAAACACAACUUUCAAAACCGAUGUCUGUCCCAAAUCCCUCAAUCCUCAGUGGAACUCCGAGUGGUUCAAAUUUGAGGUUGACGAUGAGGACUUGCAGGAUGAGCCAUUGCAGGUCACAGUGUUGGACCACGACACUUACAGUGCUAACGAUGCCAUAGGGAAAGUUUACAUUGAUAUUGACCCGCUGCUGUGCAGUGAGGCUGCCUCUGUCAUCUCUGGCUGGUUUCCCAUCUAUGAUACAAUCCACGGUAUCCGAGGGGAGAUCAAUGUCCUCGUCAAAGUGGAGCUUUUCAACGAUUUGAACCGCUUCAGACAGUCAUCCUGCGGGGUCAAGUUCUUCUGUACCACAUCCAUUCCACGGUGCUACAGAGCAGUGAUGGUGCACGGGUUUGUGGAGGAACUUGUGGUGAAUGAAGAUCCAGAGUACCAGUGGAUCGACCGUAUAAGAACUCCUCGGGCUUCUAAUGAGGCCCGUCAAAGGCUCAUCUCUCUUAUGUCUGGAGAGCUGCAGAGGAAAAUAGGGCUUAAGGUACUGGAGAUGGGUGGGAAUGCUGUGGUGGGCUACCUGCAGUGUUUUGACCUGGAGGGAGAGUCUGGCUUGGUGGUCCGGGCCAUAGGUACUGCCUGCACACUGGACAAACUCAGCUCUGGAAGUGCCCCCGGCACCAACACGCAUGUUCACCCUAACACAGCCCCUGCUUCCAAUGCCUGCAAUUCCCCUUCUAAGGAUGGAAAGGAGCCGGUAUUUGGUGAGGACCUGAUCUCGUCCUCCGGCCCGCCAACCCCUUUCAGAGCCCUUCCCACCACCUCCUCCUCUCCUCCCCCCUUCUCUCCCUCCAAGCCAUGCAGCCGCCAGUCCUCAUCAUCAGACACAGACCUCAGUUUGACGCCCAAGACGGUGGAGCAAGUGAGACGCAGGCCUGGGAUCUUCCUCUGCCCCAGCUCCCCCACCCUCUCUGCAGACAAUCUGUCCCUUCCUGGUACUGACUCAGCAGGCUGUGUUCACGGCUCUGCCCCCAGAGCUACCACCCUGCCCCCUCCCUUCACCAACCACUCAGACUCUGCCUUGCUGAGAAAGAGUGUGUCCUUCACUGAGGACCUGCUGCUGGCAGCCUCCUCUGGAAUGGGCAGUGGGGGCAGCGCCGGGAAGGAGGCAGGGCCUCUGAAGACCCUACUCAGACAGCAAACGCAGACAGCUCUUGAGCAGAGGGGAGCGUCCUCCUCUGGGUUAUUGUUAAACGCCAGGGAGUUCCCCUUCUUCACCUUGACGUCUUUCCCACCUGGUUUUCUGGUUCACGUCGGUGGAGUUGUCAGCGCCCGCUCUGUCAAACUACUGGACCGUAUACACAACCCUGCCUUGGGUAACACGCGCUCAUACAAACUGCUAGACUGGAAUAGUGUCACUGCAGAUGAGCCAGAGACUCGCGACGCCUGGUGGGAGGAGAUUCGCCAGGAGAUCAAAUCUCAUGCCAAAGCUCUCGGUUGCCAUGCUGUUGUGGGGUACAGUGAGAGCACUAGCAUCUGUGAGGAGGUGUGUAUCCUGUCAGCAUCAGGCACAGCAGCCAUCCUGAAUCCUCGGUAUAUGCGUGAAGGCUGCCUAGACAUCGGACUCACUGACCACAGGUUUGAUGAGCCGUCUCCUCCAAGCUGUGGGUUCUGCCACAUCCCAUAUGAUGAGAUCAACAUGCCCUUUCCCGCGCAGCUCACCUACUGUUACCUCUGCAGGCGUCAGAAGGUUCCUGAUGUGCUGUUCACAACAAUUGACCUGCCAUCAGAAGCAGCAGUCACUGGGAAGGGCUGCCUUAUCCAAGCCAGACUGUGUCGUCUGAAAAAGAAGGCCCAGGGUGAAGUGAACGCGACGGCCAUCUCCAACCUGCUGCCUUUCAUGGAGUACGAGCUGCACACGCAGCUGAUGAACAAGCUGAAGCUGCGGAGCAUGAACGCUCUGUUUGGCCUACACAUACAGAUCAGUAUCGGAGAGAACAUGCUCUUGGGUCUGGCUUCUGCUACAGGAGUGUACCUGACAGCCCUGCCGGCACCAGGUGGCAUCCAGAUUGCGGGGAAGACUCCUGGUGACCUGAGCAAUGAGCACCACAUCCUUACCAUCCAGAAAAGGAUCAACGACACCAUAGCCAGGAACAAAGAGCUCUACCAAAUAAACCCUCCGAAAUUAUUUGCCCUGGACCCUGACGUGUUCUGCGGCAUAAACAUGGAGCUGACAGAGGAAGUGGUGGGUUCCCCGAUUCCUGAGCCGAGGCAACGAUCCAGACUUUUCCGCUCGCACUCAGAGAGCUCAGACGAACUGUCAGAACUGGAUCUCUCCCACGGCAAGAAGGAUGCCUUUGUCCUGGAGAUUGAUGACACUGAUGCUGUGGAGGACAUCCACUCCCUCCUUACUGAUGCUCCAACCCCCACAGGCUUCUACAGCUGCAACACUGAGGUCAUGCCUGGGAUUUACAACUGGACUUCAGGAGUUCAGAUGUUUACAUCAGUGAGGGUCUUCAGGUUGAGUCACGCCAAUCUCACCAACCAAGGCUUGAACAAAAUCUUCACUGACUUGUGUGAGAAUCUGCUAAAGAGUUUUUACUUCAAGUUGCGCUGCAUGAUCCCCUGCUGUUUGUGUCACCUCAACUUUACUGUAGCAGUGCCAGAAGAAGAACUCAUACAGGUCACAGUGACAGCGGUUGCUAUGACGUUUGACAAAGACCAGACUCAGGAAAAGCCAGACAAGCCCGCCACCAGAGGAGUUAUUGAGACUGAAGAGCAGCUGCAGUUUCCCUUGGAGUUAUGUGCAGACCCGUCAUCCACCAACAUUCAGCCAUCAUCCAAAAUCUCAGGUACAGUCUCUUUACUCACCCCAGCUGCAAAACUCUGCCAAAAUCAGCUGGUUAUGGUUCGUUCACCAGGUGUCCCAGAGAGUACCAACGUGUCAUCCAGAGGUGAGCCCCCUUCCCCUCGACCAUCUCUCCCUGCUACCAAAACAACUAUACUGCCCUGUUUUGACUUUUCAUCCUUUUGUCUCGGACAGUUAUCCUGCACCACUCCCGAACCUCAUCCACUUUUGUUCUUUUCUUUUCGUUUUUUGUGUCUUUUUUUUCUCUUGUUGACGUUGUUGUUGCGUUUGUGUAUGUUUGGGUGUGGGCUGCGUGUGUGUGUGUUUGUGUGUGUGUGUGUGUGUGUGUGUGUGUGUGUGUUCUCUCCAGCUGCCUCCGUUGAUUACGGUUCCUUUGCAGACAGAUGCAGCACCUGGCUAGAGCUGCUUAGGCUGAAAGCUCACACCAUAAGACGAGGAUCAGUUAAGACAAGUAGGAGGACACAGUCUCUAGCACACCCCGUCUCAUCUUUGGAGCGAUCGAGUCCCGUGCCUGAGGGACGAUCCCGCUCGCUGCGCUCCAACCGCUCGUUAGGGGGCAGUUCAGUCACCGUGGUGAAGAUGACGCCGCUCUCCUUCCUCCCUGGGACACGCAUCAUAAAGUACCUUGGGAUCAUCAACAUGUUUUUUAUCAGAGAGACAACAUCAUUACGAGAGGAAGGCGGCGUCAGUGGCUUCCUCCAUUCAUUCAUAGCAGAGGUGUUCGCGAUGGUUCGAGCCCAUGUAGCAGCCCUGGGUGGCAAUGCAGUGGUGUCCUAUAGCAUGAAAGAGUGUGUGCUAAUGGAAAAUCCAAACAAGAACCAGGCUCAGUGUCUCAUUAAUGUGAGUGGCGAUGCCGUCAUCUGCGUCAGGGAAACGGACCCCGAGCUCACCUCCUCAGCAACAACUAUCGGACAGACCUGCACUAGUGCAACAGAUGGGGCUACGUGACACACAGAGACACAGAGACCGUCUGAGUGAACACACUCUCUGAGUCUAGCCGUCCAAAUAUGAGUCAUUUAUGUCUACCUUAAAACUCUGUAAAAGAUCCAAAGGUUUGGACACAGGUAAUAAAGAACAAGUGCUCAUGCACACUGAAAAACAUGCAGUCUGGAUUAAUAUGGAUGUGCAGGAUGUUUCUUUAUGUUUAAAGACAACAUCUGUGCAGGAGACACUAAUAUAACUCUUUGGGUAAUCUAAGUGUUUCAAAACAAUCAAAGGACCCCUCUGCAUUAAAUGUUGCCUGUGUAUUAAAUCCGUCCAAAUUGGGGUCACCCAAAGCUUUACAGUAUGUCGGCCAUGCCUUCGUGUGUGGGCACAAGUGACGCUCGAGGCAGCUAUGACUAAUUUGUCCAUCCACAGCUCACAGGAGGAGUCAUUACAUGGCCAAAAAUACUGUUGUUGUUGUUUAUUAAAUCAGACAAAAGGGACACAGUUGCAUACCACCAGAUAAUUUAAAAACAGUCAGAUUCUCACUCGGUGUUUGACUCUGCUGCGAGUAACUUGCAGAUUAAAGGCCCAUCUGUUCAUUUCAUAGUGGCCACGUGGUGACUGUCAAACAAGGCGAGUAUUUAGAAUUCAGCAAAGCUGGUGCUGAUGCUCAAAAUAGAAAAUUCAUACAAAAAUGGAAACUUUGAUGCUAGAAACAACCCAGAUGACCCUGUGAUGCCAUUCGGUUAUAAAUAUCUACUUUAUACUUCAUGUCCAGUUUUAAUGUCAAAAUUAGAUUUUGUUGAUGGAUAAUCUUCUUAACCGCUGUUUCAGUAUUGCUCACAGGCAGUAUCCUACAGGUAAUCAGAUUUCUCCAUUAAGUGUCAAAAAAUUAUGUCAUCGAUAAUAAUGAUUAAAAAAAACAGGCCAAGAUUACAGGCAUAUGCACAAAUUUUUGUAGCGCACGGAUUUUUCUUUAAAAACAGCCAUUACCGUGUAUUCCAGUGACUAUUUUAUAAAUUAAAACUACUAGAAUUUUUAUUGCUUCAUCUAAAAAUGGUCAAAAUGUGUAUGCUUUUUAUACACUUACAUCAGGAGUGAGAGGGCAAAUGGUGAUGGGUAUAAUGUGGCCCUUUGGGGUUUAGCACCAGGGAUGUUUCAUAGGAUAAAGUGAGGUAAUUUUGUGCACCGAGGCCACUCUUGCUUCACUCGCAGCUCCAGGAUCAGUUCCUCUCGUUGAUGCUGUCAGUGUCAUAUUCCACACACCUUUGUCAAGCUUCAUCACAUGUUCUGAAUACUUCUACUGCUACUGAUCUGUCCAACAUUUAUGUCUAAUGCUGGAGAAAAAACACAACUUCUGGUGUAGGUGCCACCUGAAAAUAAAGUGUAAAUGUUCUCUAUCAGAUUUUAGUAUUUUUGUAAUGUAAAGUUUAUGAAGACUACAGCUUAUUUCGCCUGUGCAAUGAAUUCCUGAUGUUCUGAGUCACUGUCAGAGAAUUAUUGAUACUCUAAUCUGUUUGUGUGAUCAGUUUCAUAUGUCUGUGUCUAAAACUUGAAUGUACAUACUUAGAUGCUUUGGCUCUCUGACUAGCAGCAUGCAGACCUACUUUUUAUUGCCAUGAAUCUGUAUGCUUGCCUGGUAAGUCUUGCACAAUAAACUCAGUCAAACAAAGGUG